UGAUAUUAUUAUUAUUUUUAUUAUUUGCUACAAGCCACCUGAAUAUGUCUUCAGCAACGUGCAGGAAGUGGGUCAGCAAACGUGUACAGGAGCAACAGCACCGAGAUUCAGCUGAACCGAACUUGGCCCCUAAUGCCCCAGGCCCCGCGUCCGGUGUACACGCCCUGGGCUCUAAAAUUCUCGACGACAGCACAAUUGCUGCUUCCCGAAUCAAGGAAUCUCAACAGAGCGGCAGCCUCGGUCCAGAGGUUGAAGUACCUUUGUCAACUGUCUUUGAGCGGCAAGAGGCCACGGAUGCACUGAGCAACUUUUCACACAACGCAGCAUCUUCGGGUGCAGAAGUUCAAACAUAUUUUCUUCAAAGGGAACCCACUUUUAAACCUUCACAAUCUAGUGAUGAAUUCCAUACCAAGUUAUUGAAAGACUUGGAGGUAGCUAACAGCAAGUGAUACCAUUAAUAAAAAAAAAUCUUGUAGGUAUUUUGCUUAUUUAGACAAGCGAAAUAAUUUCGAGGCGAGUUUUGAUAAUAGUAAAUACAAUAUUCCAUGAGAAAA